GCGCAGCGCAGCGCACCGCCCGCCGCCUCAUACCCUGCCCGAAGCUCCGUCGCCUCCCGCACUCUUCCCGUCACCACGCACCACGGCUCCCGGAUCUGGACCAGCCACACCGUCCUGCCGCCGCGCAUAGCAGCAGGUCGCAGCGGCACCGGUCACCGCCCUGGCAGCGUACAUCACCGGCGGACAGCCUCCGGCUCAACCCAAGACAAUCAACAAGGGAAAGCUUUUGCAGCUAGCUAGGCCUUUGAUUUGCGGCUACCAGCAACCAAGAUUUAUCUAAAAUCACAUUGGAUUGGUUCCUGGAUAUGUAAGCUGUUCCAGUCCUCCUGCAAUGAGAUCAUCAGGACUGGCUGUUAAGUGAUGAGUUAAGUGCAGCAACCUGAGGCAGCCCUUUUGCAGCUAAGCUAGGGCCUGGGCAGGCGAAAUCCAACACCGGACCUCAUCAACGUGCGCGUUACCUACUCCUCUCCUUCAGUUUGCAGCUACCAGCAGCCAGGAUUAAUCACAUUUGGUUGCUGACGGAUAAUCAAUCGCGGAUCGAUGCAGGUGCAGGCACGCACACCCAUCAGACGAUGUACGCCGCCCUCAGCACGGCGCAAUGGGUUGUGGGCAAGGCGCUGGCCCCCGUUGCAGAUGGCGUGCUGGGGGCUUGGGCAGCCGCCAGGAACUUUGGUCCUAACGUCGAGGCCCUCAGCAUGGAACUGCUGCUCGUGAAGGCCACACUCGAGCAAGCUGCCCUCAAGGAGCUUGGUGGGCCCGCCAUGGAGACGCUGCUGCAGAAGCUGCAGGAUUUGGCGCACAAUGCUGAAGACUUACUGGACGAGCUGGACUACUUCCGCAUCCACGACAAGCUCCACAACACGGACGAUGCUGCCGACCAGCACGGCAAGGGUGGCGUCCACGACCUCGCCUUCAAUGCUCGCCACACCGCCAAAGCUGUUGGCAAAAUGGUCAGCUGUUGCCCUUGGCAGCAUGCUAAGCGCCAACAGAGGUCAUGCGGCAGCUCCUCAUUGUCGCCAGGCGCUAAAAGUGAGGUCAGCGGAUGCCUGCCCAAGCUGAGUAAACUCCUCCCUUCUUCAUCUUCCCCACGUCCACCUUUUGGUGAUGACGAUCGUGACAAUGCACAAGAUACCCCAGAGCUCGAGUUUAAUAGGGUUGAUUUCUCUCAAAAGAUGAAGGCCGUCACAGAAAAAUUGCAGCUUAUGCGCAAUGAGGUUAACAAGAUUCUACAGGGUUGUGGCCCUAGAAUUGUCCUAGACAUUGCCCAGAGUCGUCCCAUCACCCGAGCUAAGAGUACAGAGCCAAAGCUGUAUGGGAGAGACCAUGUCAUGAAUAGCAUCAUACAUGAUAUCACCAAGGGUCAAUAUUGUGACAAGGGUCUAACCGUGCUUCCAGUUGUUGGUCCCGGGGGAAUGGGAAAGACAACUCUCAUACAAUACAUAUAUAACAACCAACAAGUGCAGAAUCAUUUUUCAGUCAAGAUUUGGAUAUGUGUGUCAUUCAAUUUCAAUCUGGAUAAGGUGCUAGAAGAGAUUAAAAGAUAUACCCCUGCAGUUGAAAGUGAAAAAAAGUGUAGCACAACUGAAGAGCUGAUUGAACAAAGAUUAAAAUGUAAAACGUUCUUACUUGUAUUGGAUGAUAUAUGGCAGAUUAGUAACGGGGAUGACUGGAAAAAACUAUUGUUGACACUCGGUCAAUCGCAAGAAAAGGGUUCCAUGAUUCUAGUCACAACUCGGCUUAAAAACAUAGCAGAGCAAGUUAAAACAACUGACUGUCCAAAAGAAUUGAAUGGUUUAGAGCACGAAGAGUUUAACAAGUUAUUUCUUGCAUUUGUCUUUGAUGAUGGGCAAUAUCCAAGGGACAAACAAUUUCUUCUCGAGACCGGAGAUAAGAUAAUGGAAAAACUAAAGGGCUCCCCUCUUGCAGCAAAGACUGUUGGUAGAUUACUGAGUAAAGAACAUAGUUUGUAUCAUUGGAAAAGGGUCCUCAAAAGUAAAGAAUGGGAAAAGCAAACCGAUGGAAUUAUGUCUGCCUUGAGGCUUAGCUAUGACUUUCUCCCUUUCCAUCUGCAGCAAUGUUUUUCCUAUUCUGCAUUAAUUCCUGAAGAUAUGUAUAUGAAUAGCUAUGAUCUCAUCAGCCUGUGGAUUGGACUAGAUAUUUUGAUACCUAGUGAUCAAAAUCAAACAUUUGAAGAUAUAGGUUUGAGCAAUUUAAAUGAGUUAGUCAAUUAUGGAUUUUUCAGGGAAGAGGAAACUGAUGGUGAUCAGCGGUAUGUUAUGCAUGACCUAUUACAUGAUUUGGCAGUGAAGGUUGCAUCGCAUGAUUGUCUUUGUUUACGUCUCCCUAAUGUUGGAUCAGUGGAAAUUCAGCCAACCACCCAACACUUGUCUAUAAGCACACAUGACUUAGGAAAAUAUGAUGCAGUGUCAGGUGAAAAAUUAAGAAGUGAAUUGGAAGAACUGAAGACAAAAUUGAAUGUUGAACAUUUGCACACAUUGAUGGUAUUUGGUAAAAUGGAUGGAAGUUUUGCCAAGAUCUUUGGUGAUUUUCUUUGGGAAGCAAAUACUCUUCACGUUCUUUAUUUGCUUGACAUGACGUAUCCCAUGGAGUCCAUGAUACAUAACUUUUCAAGACUUGUCCACCUACGAUGCCUAUGUCUAGGGACAUGUGACAGAGAGAUGCAUUUACCACUCAACAUCUCUAAAUUUUACCAUUUAAGGGUUCUAGAUCUUGAGCAAUGGUGUGGGAGUUCUGAUUUGCCCAGAGACAUGAGCAAUCUUGCAAAACUGUGCCAUAUUCAUGCCAGAAGUGAGCUUCAUUCAGAUAUUUAUAAUGUGGGAAAACUUAAACUCUUAGAAGAGUUGAAGGUAUUUCGAGUCAAUAAAAAAAGUGAAGGAUUUGAACCAAAGCAACUAGAGCAUUUAAGCAAGCUCAGGGAGCUUGUCAUCUAUAACCUGGAGAGAAUUCAUACAAAAGAAGAAGCAGCUCAAGCAAAAUUGAUGGAGAAAAGAUACUUGAGGAGGUUAACAUUGGACUGGGACAGUAAUCGAUCUAGUCUUGAGCCUGGUGUGGAAGCAGCGGUUCUUGAGAGCCUUCAACCUCAUGGAGAUCUUCAAGUGUUGUGCAUUAGAGGGCAUGGAGGUCCUUCUUGUCCAACAUGGCUGGGUGAUGAGUUCGCUGUUGAAGCUCUACAAUCUCUUUUUCUGGAUGAUGUUUCUUGGGAAGUUUUCCCUUCUUUAGGGAAGGCGUGGGAUCUUCGUGAAUUAUGUUUUGAGGAUAUUGACAGACUGAAGGAGUUUAUCAUAGUGAAAAGCUUUUGCAUGCUAACAAAGCUUAUACUCAUUGGCCUUGGAAGUUUUGAAAAAUGGGUUUACACAGGUGGAGACUUGUUGCCACCGGAUGCUCAUAUGUUCCCUCUUUUGCAAGUUCUGGUCAUUAGGAAGUGCCCAAAACUGUUGGGGUUGCCUUUCUCAAACCACAUUGUUUCCCCAGAUUGGUUCCCUAAGCUACAAGAGCUUGAGGUAAGCGACUGCCCCGAAUUCUUGCCAGUGAUUCACAUCUCCCGGAUCGAAAGGCUGCAUUCUGUCACGAUGAAAUGUGUAAAGAUGCUAAAGGAGUUUGCAUACUCGAAAUCAUCCGGUGGAGCAGAGUUGAAAAUUACCGGAGAGAGUGAUCUUCUUAGCUUAGACCAAGUGCUGGUUUUUGAUAAAGAAACAGUUACAGAGAAGCUGACACUCGAGAGGUGCCCACCUCUGGGGUUGAAGCACCUUCUGAUGCUAACCUCGCUGAGGACAUUGAUUGUACAAGAUUCAGUUGGUCUAGUUGGACCACCAGGAGGAGGUCAGAGUGAUGUGGAAUGGCAACUCCCUGUUGAGUAUAUCAAGAUCAACGACUUAAAUGGUAAUAGUGGGAAGGAAUUGACAGAGCUCCUCCCCCACCUCCCAAAGCUCUCCAAUUUGGAGAUAUCGAAUUGUAAACACAUAAAAAAGCUGGUAGUGGGGGUGGAUGUGCAACAAACAACAUCAGAAGCAUCAGAGAUGGGGGGAGGUGAAAUAACAGCAGCAGCAGCAGCAGAGGAACACGAUGAUGGGGUGCUGCUCUUCCCAGCUCAUCUGUGUGACUCACUACAGGAAUUGGACUUCAGUAGCUGCUCAGAGCUGGUCCUGGUGGACCCGCCAACUCUUGUUCCUGGUGGAGGAGGAUGGCUCCAAGCCUUGCGAUCCCUCAAAAGAUUAACAAUACGGUGGUCCCCAAAGUUUCUAUCCACCUUCUCGUUUUCCCAUCACCUUUUACCUUCCUCCCUGCAGUUCCUGAAACUCUCGGAUGUGAAAGGCAUGGGGACACUGGAGCCCCUCUCAAACCUCUCCUCUCUCACCACAUUACAAUUGCUUAGUUGUGGAGAGGAUCUGAAAUGUCAGGGCUUGCAGUCUCUCCUUACUACUGGGGGCCAGCUCAAUGAAUUAAAAGUCGCUGGCAGCCCUAGAUUCUUUGCUGAUUGGGAUCCUAAUUCUGGACGGGCUUUGAAGGAUGCUGAGGGAGGUGAAGAGCAGCAGACACAGCAUGUUUCAUCCACACUGCAUGAGCUCUGGACAGAUGACAUAGCAGGACUUCUUGCUGCACCCAUCUGCAGAUUCCUCUCUUCCUCCCUCACCAAGCUGCAACUUCGGGGGGAUUGGUGUGAAGGGAUGGAGCGGUUCAUCAAGGAGCAGGAGGACGCCCUUCAACUCUUCUCCUCCCUCCAGAAACUAGUGUUUUGGAAUUUCAAGGACCUUCAACAACUCCCUGCAGGGCUGCGUAACCUUACCAGCCUCAAGAUAUUAUCAGUCAACCUCUGUCCAGCCAUCUUGUCCUUGCCCAACGAUGGCCUCCCGGAUUCGCUGGAAAUGCUAGAUGUCUACAAAUGCAGCGAGGAGCUAAAACAGCAGUGCAGGGGGUUGGAGGGAACCAUCCCAAGAGUCCAUAUACUCUGAUCCAAGGACAAUGCCAUGGAGUUCCCUUGUACAUUCUUCUAGCCUUGUAGCGCUCUUCCCUUCCCAUUCAAACACAUGCAUGACACAAGGGCCUUGUGGCUGUGGUCUUCCUUUCGUCUACUUAGAUCUGGUGUUCGUUCGAUCGUAUAGGCUUCUUCAUAUCUUGCAUUUAAGUUUGGGUUAUUAUCAUUCAUCAAGACGUGGCAGUCUACUUCCCUAUUUUGGGUGUCACAAUCAAAAUAGCAGUAGGACAUCAGUAUGGAAUAAAUGAGACUUCGGGUCAAGCUGCUGAUAUUAAGGUGUUCUUAUGUUUGUUUGGUGGGCUUUCAAGCCACUUGUGUUUACAUUUUGUCCAAAACUCAUGAAGACUGAAGGUGUGCCUGGAAAAUGUUCAGUUUUAGGGAUCAAAGAAUCAUCUUGGUAUAGUUAUGGAAAACAAUGAAUUGUCAGUGUGUUGCUGCUGAUCAUGUUUGCUGUUUUGCCAUCCAGGACCUUCAGAAGAGUGACCGGCAUAGCAUAUCAAAUGCACUUGUGGAGCCAGUUCAGAUCAUAAGCAGUAGUAACAGUCUCAUGUGAAUCAGGAUGUCGAUUAAUGCCGGGGAUUUACUUGGUGCCCCCAACUAUUUACAUGCGAAACCUGCCUAUCUAGUUAUGGGACUAUCAAUCUCCUUGGAAGCAACAGAUUGAGUUCGGGGGAAGGUGUGGUUGGCAGUCUUCUUCCAGUGCAAUAGCCACAGGAGAUUGGUGGUGUUCGGCGGAUGCAGUUGUGCCAAAUCCAUCUUAAGCGCUGUGGAAUUGCUGCAGCCAUUGCCAAUAGCAUCCCCCAAAGCACAUUCUUAAGCUGCUGCUGCAUAUGAUGUUUUCGAAGGUAUCCUCGUGCUGCUGCUGCUGCUGCAUUGUGCAAAUAGACUAUCAAGGCCAUAAUGGCAAACAAGCAAAGCGAGAUUAUCAUUUCAUCAAUGCGCAGCUGACAGCCUUUCAUCACGAAAAAAUGACACCGCAAAGCUGUGAGUUAUUUGAGAAGGUUUUUUACUCACGGUUCUCGCCAAGAACUGCAGCUCCAGCAGAACACUGCCAAUUACUUACACACCUUGUUAGGAACCAGACUGCAUCUUCUUCUGAAGAAAUCGACACUUCCCAUGUUGUUAUCUGAAGAAAUCGACACCCGGCGGUUAUCUUCAUCAAAUCUAACAGCAACAUACCACCGCUUUCCACGGAGUUCCGACACACUGCCACACCCUUGAUCAUGCAUCCAACGGCUCUGAAGACUAGAGCUGCCACUAUUUGAAUUACUUUUACUGUCUCCUUGUUCACCAACUUUUACAUUAGUAGAAGUAUAAAAUCUACCUUUCACUAGCUCAACAAAGAAGUUACCUUUCACUGGUUGUAAUGGGUACAAAACGCCAGAUCGACAUGAUAGCCCUGGAGCUCAACUUCCUGUACUUGGGGUAAAUCCCGGCCGCCAUGUCCUGGCUGGCGUGAACGCGUACCCUUAAUUCGCUA